UCGGAGCCCGAAUGCUACCUCCCUGUUGUAGUUCAAUUCAAUGGAAUGAAAAAAGGCACUACACUUCCCAGAAGCCUUUGUGCCACGAAACCGGGGGAGGAGAAUGCACUGCGGUAGCUUCGCUUGCUAAGAGCAACGGACUCAGAGAGGCUCUUUGCGCGGGGAUUAGAAACCGAUUGUAUGGUACUUUAAUCAGUUGGACCAGUGCAAUCGCAGCGCUUGAGCUUCAGCCGAGAAAGGUCUCUUCCUUUUUCCGCGAUCAAGAGUUCAUCCUCCGUCUACUAAAAGAGUGCACUUGAGCAAGAAGAAGAAGAAAGCUAGUCUCCAGAUCUCACAGCAUGAUAAAGGACAAAGAAGCCUUUCAGAGACUGAAUUUCCUCUAUCAGGCAGCCCAUUGUGUGCUCGCCCAAAACCCAAAUAACCAAGAAUUGGCACGUUUCUACUGUCACACCCAAAACAACAUCAGCCGGCGGCUCGUCUUGAGACAGGACCCUUCCGUGAAAAGGACCAUCUGCAAAUCCUGCUUCUCUCUUCUCGUGCCAGGAGUCAGCUCAACUGUUCGGCAAAGAAAACGCCGCCAUCAACGUUGGACUGUCGUGCAGUGCCUGAACUGUGGCCUAAGCAAGCGUUUCCUCAGUAAGCCUGACUACAAGUUGUGGUCGGAGCAGCCUGAGGCGUUGCUGGAGAACCAGACACCAGCCGCUGCAGGCACCAAAGGCCAGACCCCCAAUCCAGCACAAGGGCCACACAAGGCCUCCCAAAUGGGAAAGGCAACAGUCCCAACUUCCAGUCCGUGCAGCCAUCUUGCCUCUGAGGAGAUCACAGCGGGCACCCAAUCAAUAGGAGCAAAGAAUGGGAAGUGACAUCUGCCUUGGGAUUAUUCCAUUUCCAGAUAGACCAGGCGGCUAUAGCCCAGAAGUGAAUCCCCUGCCUUGGAUGGAAGAAGCCAGCAAGAUGACGUUCAGUACAGAGGAAGUCAAAAAUAUACUUUCCAAAAGUUCAACUUGCUACUUGAAGAACUUCAAUGAGUUGGUGAUCUUAAUCUCAGGAUAAAGUUGGCAUCCUUGCUGUUCAAAUCCCUUGGGUGUUUUAUUUAUAUUUUAGUUCUUAGUUUUAACAUGGCUGUUUUUGACAUGUUAAUUGUUUCAUAUAUUUUUUUUGCUGUACAAUGCUGAAGUAGCUUCUGGUGAGAUGAGCAGCCACACAUAAUUUAAUAAAUAAAUAUACAGUCUGUACAACUAGAGAGCAGAAGAGCAGCCUGCCCCAAGAAACUCUUGAAAGUUUCUUCAGUGUAUCUUAUUUGUGUUUCAUUUGUUUGUUAAAUGUAUUUGUUGCCUAUUUCACUGUGGGGCUAUUCCACCAUCGCUGGCUAAGAAUGUGCCCCCUUUUCCACCUCUGUGACCAGAGGAAUGCCUCUUUUCCAAUACUGCUGGUUGCAACUUCGGUUUCUGCCACUCUUUAGCUAGGUGUAUGUCGGAUCUGAAGCACCGCUGAUGUUCCGGUCAGAAGAACUUAGGGAAAAGGCAACAAUGGAAAGAAAGUUUCAGUCUCAUAUCACUUUUGCGUACCAGAUAAAUACAGGAAACUGGAAAUAAGUUUGUUUUUAAAACACAUGUAUAGUACUUGCAUUGUGCUUUCUAACAAGUUGGCUGGAUUCGCUUGGGGGAAGUGCUAAAGCUAAAAGUGUAUAUACUUUGGUUUUAAAACUAUGAGACUGUCAACCCUUCAAGGUCAGGAAACAACAAGUAUUGGAAUUUCUACUUUUGUUGUUAGGUAUAAUAGCAUUUGAAUGCCUGCCAGUUUCCCUUUGCAGCCUCUUUUGCCAUACAGAACCAAUGUGGGUUUACUCUGAGUUUCUUCUAUUUAUCUCCCAAGGCUGAGGUGUUGCAUACAUUUAUCUGCUAAAGCUUUUUGUACUAUAUUCCUUUGUCAAUGUUAUGUCUGCCAUAGAAACUUGGAACAAUGUUAUUGACUUGAAGUGGAUAGAUAUGGAUAUCCAGGGAGACUUAUUUCUUUGGACAGGAAGCCAAUAAAUGAAAUGCGAUCGGCCAGGGUGUUGGGAGAAGUCAAAUCUGAAUUUUGAAGUUUCUCAAUUCCAUCUUGGUUCUGUUCUCCUUUAUUUACAGCACAGCAUAUAACCAUCAUCAGUAUCGUCGUCUUCUUUCUU